GAUGGUGGUAGAUAUUCCGCACGAAUGCUGGCUUUUGGUGGCCUAGAUCAUUAGUACAUCCACUAAAAUUGCCACUCACACACCUAUCCCUUCAUUAUGACCGUAAUUUCAGAUGAUCCCAGUCAGUGGCCGCUGGUCAAUUCGUAUAAUUUUCACAGCUAUUUUAUAGUUGCAGCCUCCGCUGCGAUUAUUUAUGAUUGGGCGCUCGCUUUUGGACAAGAGGUUGAAUUGAUCUGGAAGCGACGCUGGUCUCUCAUGACCUUUCUAUAUCUCAGUGUGCGCUAUACUGCACUGCCAUACGUUGUGAUCUUCAUGCUUAUAACUCUUCCGACAAUCUCGGUAGCAGAUGCAGUGAGCAAUAAUCUGUUCCUAGCACUAAAUUGGCUUAAUGUAGUCGUCACCGCCUUGUUAGGAAUCAUCAUGAUCGUUCGGUUACAUGCCAUGUAUCGGCGAUCCAGAAAGAUGCUUAUUUUUCUUGUUGCAACCUUCCUGGGUAUCACGAUCCCGUGCGUGGGGAUUACUGCAACGGGGACGAGGCAUACCAUAGGGGAGGAGUUCAUUCUUUCCGGUGCCUACCAAUGCAAUUAUAACUAUGAGGGAGACGCCCGACUUCUCAAUUCCAUGACUUGGCUACUUUGCACUCUAUGGGAGGUCCUCUUACUAUGUCUUGCGGUCUGGAUUGCUGUAAAAAACUUUCGUGAACUGCCACGACCAUCCAGGGCAAGGACCAUCGAUGACUGUUUGAUGGUGGUAAUAAAAACCCACGUGGUUUACUUUGGAAGCUUCACUGUUGCUUCUUGCUUCGCCCUCGGCUUUUUGUCCCCAACGCUUGUGGACUCAAAUUCUAUGGGGACUAUGACUUAUCAUAGUAUUCUUGAUGUUGUGUCAGUCACGCAGCUGUUCAUGCUAGGACCACGCCUCAUCCUUAGCGUUCGAGAAUAUGACGCUAAGCUUGUAGCCGAUUCUGAUGCAGGAACCUACAUGACUUCGCUUGUUUUUUAUCAGCACGCAUAUGCUAGUAGUGCUGUCACGGUGUAACAGGAAGACCUCGAGACUGAGUCGACUAGUCAUCAACACACUAAGCAAUGUCGGGCACUCUUCAGGGAGCAAGAAAAGUUUGUUUCGUCGCUCGUGGUAGUUUCGUAGUAGAUAUAGAAUAAGCUUAGCCAAUAUCAUGUUGUACCACCAACAGGACUGGCUGGCCACCCGCACUUGCCAUAGUCUACUAUCCCUAUGGUUUAGUGAGUUAC